CCCCUCUUCAUUUUCCUCAAGCCAGCCAAAAAAACAAUCAAAACACUCAUCUCAAACAUCCAUUUAAACAUUAACAAUGGCUUCAAUCCAAUGCUACAAAGAAGAAGGUAAGGAGUUUGAUUACUAUGAGAAAUCCUCAGGCACUUACCAAAAACCAACUAACUACUCGAACUCGGGUUACCAACAAUCUUACUAUGAGAAAGAAAGGUGUUACGAAACCAACCCUGGAAUGACGGGUUAUGGCACUAGCCACGGCCAUCAACAUGGACUAGGUAACUUAUACGGCAGCACUAACCCAUGUGGGCCAAUGAUGGGCCAUGGCACGGGCUACGGGUCGGGCCACAACACUCACAUGCAGAAACCCGGGUUCAGUGGAAUGGGCUCGGGCGCUUUGGGUCAUGUUAUGGGCUUUGGAAAGAAACAUGAGGGACAUCAUGGACAUGGUGGCUAUGGAAUGGGUGCAGCUUCUGGUUGCACCACCACUUACAAGAAGCAACACCGUAGGAGAAAGGGCAAGAGUGGUUACGGCAGCGGCAGUGGCAGCGACUGUAGCGACAGCAGUGAUGAUGAACGUCGCUGCUAAAUAACUACAGGUAACUGUUCAUAGUUUGGUAAGUAGCAGCCUGGCUUAUGAGAAGGAAGAGAGUGAAAUUCCUAGUACUAGCUAGGAAUUAUAUAACAAUAAAUAAAAAGCAAAUUUCAGCCAUGGCUAGCUAUUGACUACUAAAGUUAUGGAACUACUAUAUAUGAAACUUGAGAAUUUGUGUGUUGGUGUAUUAUGUACUAAUAAUGUAACUGCUUAUUCCCUUUGGAAAUAAAUCUAUGAGAAAAUAACCCAAAAAAAGGUCUUAAUGGUGUGUGCUAUGUUUUCUGCAUGAUAUAAAACCGCUGUGAAUUUAA